UUUCAAACCCAAAUUCACAACCAUGUCCCUUUCUCACUUGUGUAACACACCCAUUAGCUCUUCAAUCACCUCUAAGAAUCCUCUUCCAAGUGCUUCGACAAAAAUUAGCACCCCAUCAGUUCGUCUAGCAAACCCUACUGCUACCCACUACAUCUCAUGUGAACAUAACAAACAAACUAGCCGGAGAGAAGCUGCUACCAAUGUAACUCAGCAUGUCGUUGAUAGAAGAAAUGUCCUCUUAGGUUUAGGAGGAUUAUAUGGUGCCGCUGGCGUUGCUAUUGGUGCUCCGUUAACGCCUCCUGAUUUAACGAAGUGUCAUAAAGCAAUUGAUUCAGAUGCUACCCCGCCAGAGGUGGACUGCUGUCCACCUGAUUAUGGUAAAGCCAAAAUGGUUGAUUUCACACCACCUAGUCCUAAAGAUCCAUUACGAGUUCGGAAAGCAGCCCACAAAUACAAUCUUGACGAUAUUGCGAAAUUUGAAGCAGCUAUUGCUAAGAUGAAGGCUUUACCAACCAAUCAUCCGUGGAAUUACUAUCAACAAGCUACCAUUCAUUGUACUUACUGCAAUGGUGCCUUCGAUCAGUUGAAUACUAAAACUCUACUUCAAGUUCAUGGAAGUUGGUUCUUCCUUCCAUGGCAUCGUUACUAUCUUUACUUUUGGGAGAAAAUUCUCGGGAAACUUAUCGGCGAUGAUACUUUCGCUAUCCCUUUCUGGAACUGGGAUGCUCCUAAAGGAAUGUACAUGCCCCCCAUGUACUUAAAUGAGAAAUCACCACUUUUCGAUAAAACUCGUGAUAAACGUCACUACAAGUCGGUGCUUGAUUACAGUUAUUCUAUGGGCGCCGAUAAUCCUCCCGACCCCAAGCCUGUGGUUACUAAUAAUUUGGAAAUGUUAAGUAGUAUGUUCAAAGAAACGUCAAAUGCGCCAGCGCUGUUUAUGGGGAAACCAUUACGGGCGGGAGAAGAUCCAACUAGUACAACAGCUCCAGGGAGCUGUGAGAUGUUGCACAAUGUCAUGCAUCAGUGGGUUGGACCUCCUACUUCCCCUUACUGGAAUAUGGGAAAUUUUCAUACUGCUGCGCGUGAUACGAUAUUCUUUGCUCACCAUGGUAACGUCGACCGCAUGUGGGAUAUUUAUAAUAAUUCUCGUGGACAGAGACGUGAAUUCAAUGAUCCUGACUGGCUCGACUCAUCUUUCAUCUUCUACGAUGAGAAUGAACAACUUGUCAACUGUAAGGUGAGGGAUUGCCUAACUCCACAAAGCCUAGGAUAUAUUUACCAUCCUGAACCAAUUCCAUGGACAAAUAAUCGUCGAAAGCACAAGAAAAUGAGGAGCGCAGCAAAGAAGAAGAGCGAAGGCGACUCAUUGAAACUCGCCCCAGUUCCUGAGUUCGGAUCCCAACCACGGCCACUAACAGAACCAAUACGAGCAUUACUGCAGAGGCCAAAGAUUUCAAGGACUAAAGAUGAGAAAGCUGAUGCAGUAGAAGUGCUGGUGAUAGAUGGCAUCACCGUUCCAAAUGGAUCAACAGCAAGGUUUGAUGUAUACGUAACUCAGGCACUAGAAGGGUUAGUUGGUCCGGACAGAGGAGAAUUAGCGGGUAGCUUUGUGCACAUUCCUACAGCUCAUCACAGAUCAUCAGAAGGGAAAGAGUACUCAAGUUUGGAAUUGGGUAUUAGUAUUCUACUGGAAGAUAUUGAAGCUGAAAGUUCAAAGGAAUUGGUUGUAAGUUUGAUUCCUCGAGAUGGUGAUGUUGUUGUUAGCGGACUUCGCAUUGAGUUAUUCGACGUUGAGGAUGACGAUGAAGAAGAAGAAUAAGACGAUGAUGAUGAUGAAGAAUAAGAUUGAAAACUAUGAUUAGUUAAUGGCUCAUCACGCGCUUCAAUAUUUGGUAGUUUUUGAUCGAGUUAUGCCUUGGAAUAAGCAGCAUGCUGCAGAUAUCGAAUUUGUGUGGGUCCACUUUUCUUUUUUUUUCUUUUUUUUUUUUUGUGUGUGACAGGUGAGCACUUUAUAAUAAUGAAUUAUAAACUUCGGACUACUAAGUUCAAAAGGGCUC